CAGGGCGGUCAGCCUGGGCAGAGCCACCCCCUGCCGCCAUAUUUCCCACCAGGCGCUCCAAGAUGGGGCUGGGACUCCUGAGCGCUGCGCUGUUGUUUGUGGGGAGCUCUCUCCCCUACUCAGAGCACCACCUGCUCUCCGAAAGGGUCAGGGUUGGCCCCUCGAAGGGCCAGGCCGGUCCCGGGUGGGCCGAGGCUGCGCGCUGGAGGCGCGGGUGGCACAAGGCAUCCGAGAAGGAAGAGGCAAACUCAACGAAGGAUUGUGGAACAGCACCGCUUAGGGAUGUGUUGAGAGGAUCUCGGAUUGUAGGGGGCACAGAUGCCCAAGCUGGAGCAUGGCCAUGGCUAGUUAGCCUGCAGAUUCAAAAUGGACGUCUUCUUGCACAUAUUUGUGGGGGAAGCCUGGUGAGAAAGAGGUGGGUCCUCACAGCCGCCCACUGCACUAAAGACUCUAGAAAUCCUUUAAUGUGGAGAGCUGUGAUUGGAACUAAUACUAUAAAUGGGAGCCAUCCACACACUAAGAAGAUAAAAAUUAAAGCCAUCAUCAUCCAUCCAGAUUUCAUUUUGGAAUCUUUUGUAAAUGAUAUUGCACUUUUUCAUUUAAAAAAGGCAGUGAGCUAUAAUGAAUUUAUUCAACCUAUUUGUCUACCUUUUGAUGUUUUCCAAAAACUGGACCAAAACACAAAGUGUUUCAUAAGUGGCUGGGGAAGAACAAAAGAAGAAGGUAACGUUUCAAAUAUCUUACAGGAAGCAAAAGUGAAUUAUAUUUCUCGAAAUAUUUGUAAUUCUGAGAACAGUUAUGGGGGAAUAAUUCCUAACACUUCAUUUUGUGCAGGUGAUGAAAAUGGAGCCUUUGAUACUUGCCGGGGUGAUAGUGGUGGACCACUAAUGUGCUACUUACCAGAAGAUAAAAGAUUUUUUGUAAUGGGAAUUACCAGUUAUGGACAUGGCUGUGGUCGGAAAAAUUUUCCUGGUGUCUAUAGUGGGCCAUUCUUCUACCAAAAGUGGCUGACAGAUCACUUCUCUCAGGCAAGCUCUAAAGGCAUAUUUAACAUCCAUAUCUUACUUAGACAGAUCUUCAUAGCUUUGGGUUCUGUGGUUUUACUAGUAACAACAUAAAGCAAUCCUGAAGGCUUCAGUAUCUCCAUUUUACACUGAGUACUUUUCUAUUUUCUACAUAAUGAAGAUAAUUUGUUCUUUUAGCAACUAAUUGCCCACGUUAGAGCUCUCAUGUGAACGUUUUUUUGAAGUAAAAGAAUUGUGAUGUAUUAGAUAUACAAUUGUAAAUUUGGCGCUGAUUCACACACUUCCUUGAUGUAUCUU